AUAUUAUAUAAUGCUUUACAAAAUAUUUUUCGCUUAAAUAAGUUUCAUACAUUAUUCCCCUUAAAAUCCCUUCAGAUAACGCGACAUGCAGUGAUGUCACAACCUCCUUUAAAGCUGUCAAUGGACGUAAAAGCUCGGGUACGAUGAAAUAAAUGGCAGAAUACGACAAAUAAAAUGGAUGGCAUGGGAUUUAGAUGAAAGACAUAAGCAGAACUACAUAAGCCUGACGAGAUAUUCGCAGAAAUUCCUUCUGCAAAGUUGGUUUAUACCCUGUGAAUCGUCUUAGACAAAGCAGGUAGCCCACUGUUUGUUUACAUGAUUUGUUGCGCACCUUUACAUAUAACUAGAAAACUGACACAGUCAGCAAGGGCCCCGCUGAGGGUUAUUAGACGAAAGUGACUGUCCAUCUGUAUUUGUUAUAGCAAUGUUUGGGGCUGGUAUAUAUGUUAGAAUUAAUAAUAUUCUAAAAAUGUACCACCAGAAUUUCAGAACCAGUUGGAUUUUUUUUUAAAAAUAAAGUUCACUAGCAUAAGCAAGUGGCAUUAUGAUGUCUUUAAAGACAUUGUCGUUGUCCGCGUCAGAUGUUAUAGACUAAAUAUUUGGAGAUUUUAAUAUGAACCUAGUCUUGCAAAAACUAUUUUUAAUGCACUGUGAUAGCGAGGGGUAAGGUGUUUGAAAUUACUUAAGGGCUAUUCCAGCAAAAAACGUAUGCUGAGAUCAUCCUUUUUUCUCCCUACCAAAAUUGCAUUGGAAACCAAAAUAUGUAAAAUUUUUCUGCAAUGAUUGCUACCUUCAUCUCCCGAUGAAACAACAAAGAAAGACAUUUUAUUGUUUAUAUUUUUUGCAUUUUUAAAAAUAUAAACUAGAAUUAAGUUCUAAAAUAUCAUAUGGAUAAUGGUUGAUCCAUUUGUUACGUUAAAUGAAAGUAUUGAAUUGUGUGGGUGGUGGUGGCAGGGGAGAAUCUAAUUGUAUGGGUGGUGGUAGCAGAGGAAAAUUUAAUUGUAUGGGUGGCUGUCUUAAAAAUAAAGUGCCUUCCCUCCCCCCCAUAUUUUUUUUGCUGGAAUAGCCCUAAGCAAAAUUGUCAUUUCAGAUUUUGACUUCAAAUUCUUGUAUCUCUUGCAGUUAUUAAUUUGUAUUUGGUGUCCAAUGAUAAAGUUUUCCUUUUUUGUGGGGAGGUCAAAUUUCACAAAUGAUCCUGUCAUCAAGCUGUUAAGGAGUGAUUAUCCCCACUGUUAUUUUAUUCCUAUAAAAACACACAAUCUAAAGUAAUACAUGGGAAGCCAAUCAACGGACACCUACCUGUGUAAUAAUGAAGCCACCAACCUGGACAACUACAAUCUCAGGUGACUUCAAUAUAGCUGUUAUAAAAACAAUACAUUUUCUCUCAUAUCUACGUAUGUAAGAUACAGAUAUUCUAUGAAAGAAAGGUAUGUAAGAUAUUUCUAUCUUUCAUAUCACAUGACGUUUAUCUUACAUAUCCCGUGACAUAAUAAUCAAUACACAAACGCGGAUGAAUAUUCUAAUUCGUCUGCUUAAUAGAUCUACGUAAGAAAAAUUUAUGUAAACAACAAUCAUGGCAGCAUCUUCAAGAUUUCGUCCUCUAAAUGUUGAUGACUUCAUAGAAGCAAAUGAGAAUAAGAAUACGUUGAAGAAAACUGCCGGUCACUUGAAAUUAUUGACGGAAUUUCUACAAAGUAAGGGAGAAAAUCGUUUGAUGCAUUCAAUACCCCCCAAUGAACUUGACACUUAUUUAUCUAAUUUCACUGUAUCCGUAAGAACAAAAAAUGGUAGUGAGUACGAACCAGUGUCACUACGUGCUAUGAUUAGCAGCUUUGAUCGUCAUCUCCGUAAGAGGGGAUACGGUGUCAGCAUUGUGUGUAACACCCCCGAGUUUUCUAAAACUAGAGAUGCAUUAAAAGCUAAGCAGCGAGAUCUUAAGGCCCAGGGAAAAGGAUCCAAACCCAUGAAGUCGGAUCCAAUAACUGACCAGGAAAUUGACGUUUUAUAUGCAUCGAAUCAGCUGGGAUCCGCCAAUCCAAAUUCAGUCAUAAACACUCUGUGGUUUCUAAACACGCUACAUUUCGGAAUGAGAGGGGGGUCAACAGAACAUAGGGCCAUGCGAUGGGGAGAUGUUGUAUUGCAGCGCGACAACGACCUAAAUCUAGAUUACCUAGAAUAUCAUGAGCGUACCACUAAAACGAGAACCGGUGAUGAUGUCCGAAACACUCGCCCAUGUCCCCCUAGAAUGUAUGCCACACCUGAACGGCCAGAACGAUGCCCCGUACAAAUUUACAUGCUGUAUAAAGUCAAACGCCCUGAAGAUUUCCGUAAUCCUGACGACCCUUUUUACCUGGCAGCUGUAACCCACGAUAAAAACCCUUCAAUCAGGGAGAAAUGGUUUUUAAGAGCACCCAUCGGUAAAAAUAAACUUGACAACAUCAUGAAAAAAAUGGCAAAAGUCUGCAACUUACCUAGAUUGACGAACACUAGCGUCCGCAAAGCGCUUGUGCAAAAAAUGACAGAUUGUAAUGUCCCUGAUAAUCUCCAGGUGUAUGUGACCGGACACAAAAAUACACAUUCUUUGAACAAUUACCGCACACUCAACAACGGUCACAAAUUCCUCAUAUUGAAAAUGCUGUCGAGUACAUCUAUGUCAUCCGGUGCAUUAUGCCAGUCCACAGAAACCCAGCCCACACGUGCACGGUCUACUAGUUCUAGGCCUACCUCCACAUUCACUCUGCCAACGUCUACUGUCCCUAUGUGUGUCUCAGGUGAAACAAGUGCCUCCAAUGUCCAUGAGACUCGAGUCCUUGCACGUGUGGAAAACGAAAGUCUAUCCAUGCCCAUAUCCACCAACAAAAACCACUUGGAAUCUCUCUUCACACACUCGUCAUUAAAUAACUGCUCAAUUAAUAUCAAUAUCAAUGCUCCUUUAAAAAGAAAGCGUGCAGUUGUGGAUUCAGAUUCUGAUUAGGUCUGUCAAAAUGUUUCGCGCUGAUGGACUGUCAAGUGACGUCACGCAUCACCCUGAUUAUUGAUUUUAUUGUGUACUUACACAAACAUAUUACGAACAGAAUUACUUUUUAUCUUGUUUCCGACUUCUGUGUUAAAGUUAAAGCUAUUGGUGUCAUAAAUUGUAAAAAAUAGUUAAGGAAUAUCAUAAAUAAAACAACAAAAUUAUAAGUGCUAUUUUUUGUGUGCGCAGGCAUAUGGGUUUAUACACAAUCUAGAGCUAGCUAUUAUUCAAAGAGGAAUAACUCUAAUACAAUUCACUUAUACACUCGUCGGCCGAUUUUUUGUCAGCAACGUAGUUGCCAAAAUGAAGGUCGUAAAAUUCGAUUCUGGUGUUAUUUUUAAUGUACAGCGAAAAAUUAAUUAAUUGGAAAAUUCUCAAAAUGGCGUCGCUAGGCACAAAGAAAACGGAAAAUUUCUAGAAAUAUGAGAGAAAAAUACUCUCUUAUGAGUUGCCAUGAAAUAUUAAGGGAUUUCAAUUUAACAGAUCUUUUAAUCCAAAGAAAAUAAGAGACUAAGACUGGGGAUUUUGUUUUACUUCAAAAUAAGUGACUUCAAUAUAAGUGGAAUAAGCUGUACGUCACUAAUUUCCAUAUGUAUCAUCAGGGCCAAUGCCCUAGUGCAUAAUCAUAAUGAUUAAACCAAGUAAAACCUCAUUUUAGGUUUACCCUAAUUUUGAGGCGAACAUUGGGGCUUAAAGGGACUGAUUCACGAUUUUACCCAAAAUUUUGUUUUUCACUUUUAAUGAUCAAAAUCUAUUGUCUAAUGUGUUUGAAAGAUUUCACAUGAAAAUUAAGGUUAUACAUCAUCACAGAAUCUCAUUUUAGAGAGUUUAUUAUUUGUUUUGUAAACAAAGAUUGCGGUAUGCUAUUGUUUACAAAAGGACUAAGACCAUAUGUUUAGCUAUAUCGGCCCUGUGGUGUGUUAAAAAAUAAAGCAGAAUGAAUUGAAAUAAAAUUGUUAUCAUUUGAUAAUAUAAUCUUUAUACCAUCGCGACGUGCCAAGAUUUCCCUGCCAAAACGUCAGCUUGUGGAAUUCUAUACAAGACAAAACCGGUAUCGGUCUGGUUUUCUGCAGAAAUCUCCACUUUUUUCAAAUUUAGUCAUAUAAUUCAUAUAAAACACGACCUUCGAUCCAGAAACUGACUGUAGUCUAUCAAAAUCUAUCAAUACAAAUAAAUUUUGUACGAACGAUUUUUUGGAUCGAAAGGUGUGCUGUUGAUGAAUAUCAACUUUGAAUUAAAUCAAGAGCAAUCCGGAAUUAUUUAUUUUUGUGAGAGUUGUGGGCAUUUUAUUAAUUAUGUUGCUUUGAAAAAUUAAAACAAUAUACUUAUGUGGAGUCUACAUCAUUCCCAUGCAGAAUACACCCCUAUGUGGUGUUUUUAUCACAAGUUUGUGCAGGAAUUCUAAAAGCUAUAGAAUUUUGAUGCGUAAACAAACGAAUCUGCUGUCCGACAAAUCGGAUCUUCAAUGCUAUAGAAAGUUUUUAUUUAGACGACACCAACAGAAUUACUAAGAUCAAAAUGAAAAGAAUUUAUAGAACAUGCAUUGAUAUAACUAAAACUAUUGUCGAUAUAUCGAAAGUAUAACGUUCACUGGGGCAAGUAAAUAUAUGAAGGAUUUUUGAGCAAGUGACGUCAUAGACGUCGUGGCUUAGUGGUAGAGAGCCCGUCCUUCAAUCGGGAGAUCCGGGUUCAAUUCCUACCCGUGUCAAUAUUAUUUUUUUAAAAAUUAAAAUCAUACUGUUAACUACACUUUUCUUGGCGUUAUUGAAAAAUUAAUUUCUUCCAAGACACUGAAGAUGAAAUUAUACCUGAAUACAAAUAAAAAUCAAUAGGCCUAUGUAAUCACAGAACACCAAGAAAAUAUGCAAGGAUUACAGAUUACAUUUUUUAAAAUUCAUUGAAAAAAAAAAAACCAAAAUACUUUAUUUUCGGACUUGAUUUUAUUUCAAAGUAUGAACCAGCAAAAGAUAAUGGAAAGGAAAGUUUUUCCAAUGCAUCUAAUGUACAGAAGAAAAGUCAGAAAAAAUGUGAAUCCAUUAGCUAUUCGUCAUUUCCUGAAGAGUAAGAACUUUCUUGUUGAAACCACCACAUGCUAUAUUGUGUAGCAAGUGUAGACAUGUGUAUCAGUAAAUUCACAUCCAACAAAAUUGUCAC